AUGAUUUAUCUAGAAUUUCACAAUGUUGUGUGCGACGAUGAGAACAGCUCAAGUACAGCGACUACAUCAGACACAGAUUCUCCUGAAAUCAACUCCACUGUAAGCCCAAUAGAACUGAGUAUCCCAAUAGAAGGAAGUGGAGUUGUAGCAGCAUCCACUGUAGAAAGCACAACAGAUGAAAGCUCUCCAACUAAUGAAAACUCCAGUGCCAUACCAACAGUAAGCAGUCCUGGAGUAAUAUUAACCACUGAGGACAUUACCAGUGACAUUGCUGAUAUCACUACUACUGAAGAAAGCUCCACAAGCAUAAGCGAUGUUAGUUCAUUGCCUGAAAUAAAUACAUUUAAUAGUAUAUCAGGUUCUGGUGACAGCAUCACAGUAACAAAUGUAAUCAGCACUGAAAUAAGCCCUACAGGUAUAAGCAUUACUAACCCAUCACCGGAAUUAAGCACAAUAAAAGCAAUAUUAACCACUGAGGACAUUACCAGUGACAUUGCUGAUAUCACUACUACUGAAGAAAGCUCCACAAGCAUAAGCGAUGUUAGUUCAUUGCCUGAAAUAAAUACAUUUAAUACUAUAUCAGGUUCUGGUGACAGCAUCACAGUAACAAAUUUAAUCAGCACUGAAAUAAGCCCUACAGGUAUAAGCAUUACUAACCCAUCACCGGAAUUAAGCACAAUAAAAGCAAUAUUAACCACUGAGGACAUUACCAGUGACAUUGCUGAUAUCACUACUACUGAAGAAAGCUCCACAAGCAUAAGCGAUGUUAGUUCAUUGCCUGAAAUAAAUACAUUUAAUACUAUAUCAGGUUCUGGUGACAGCAUCACAGUAACAAAUUUAAUCAGCACUGAAAUAAGCCCUACAGGUAUAAGCAUUACUAACCCAUCACCGGAAUUAAGCACAAUAAAAGCAAUAUUAACCACUGAGGACAUUACCAGUGACAUUGCUGAUAUCACUACUACUGAAGAAAGCUCCACAAGCAUAAGCAAUGUUAGUUUAUUGCCUGAAAUAAAUACAUUUAAUGGUAUAUCACCUUCUGAUGGCAGCUCUUCAGCAAUAUAUUUCAACCCCACUGGAGUAAGCCCUACAGAUAUAAACAUUGCUAGUUCAUCACCUGAAUUAAGCACAAUGAAAGCAAGAUCUGCUCCUGAUGGCAGCUCUUCAGCAACACAUUUUAUUCCCACUGGAUUAAGCCCUACAGAUAUAAGCAUUGCUAGCCCACCACCUGAAUUAAGCACAAUAAAAGCAACAUCUGCUCCUGAUGGCAGCCCUUCAGCAACACAUUUCAUGACCACUGGAGUAAGCCCUACAGAUAUAAGCAUCGCUAACCCACCACCUGAAUUAAGCACAAUGAAAGCAAUAUCUGCUCCUGAUGGCAGCUCUUCAGCAACACAUUUCAUCCCCACUGGAGUGAGACCUACAGAUAUAAGCAUCGCUAGCCCACCACCUGAAUUAAGCACAAUGAAAGCAAUAUCUGCUCCUGAUGGCAGCUCUUCAGCAACACAUUUUAUUCCCACUGGAGUAAGCCCUACAGAUAUAAGCAUCGCUAGCCCACCACCUGAAUUAAGCACAAUAAAAGCAACAUCUGCUCCUGAUGGCAGCUCUUCAGCAACACAUUUCUUCCCCAUGGGAGUAAGCCCUACAGAUAUAAGCAUCGCUAGCCCACCACCUGAAUUAAGCACAAUAAAAGCAACAUCUGCUCCUGAUGGCAGCUCUUCAGCAACACAUUUCUUCCCCAUGGGAGUAAGCCCUACAGAUAUAAGCAUCGCUAGCCCACCACCUGAAUUAGGCACAAUAAAAGCAACAUCUGCUCCUGAUGGCAGCUCUUCAGCAACACAUUUCAUCCCCACUGGAGUGAGACCUACAGAUAUAAGCAUCGCUAGCCCACCACCUGAAUUAGGCACAAUAAAAGCAACAUCUGCUCCUGAUGGCAGCUCUUCAGCAACACAUUUCAUCCCCACUGGAGUGAGACCUACAGAUAUAAGCAUCGCUAGCCCACCACCUGAAUUAAGCACAAUGAAAGCAAUAUCUGCUCCUGAUGGCAGCUCUUCAGCAACACAUUUUAUUCCCACUGGAGUAAGCCCUACAGAUAUAAGCAUCGCUAGCCCACCACCUGAAUUAAGCACAAUAAAAGCAACAUCUGCUCCUGAUGGCAGCUCUUCAGCAACACAUUUUAUUCCCACUGGAGUAAGCCCUACAGAUAUAAGCAUCGCUAGCCCACCACCUGAAUUAAGCACAAUAAAAGCAACAUCUGCUCCUGAUGGCAGCUCUUCAGCAACACAUUUCUUCCCCAUGGGAGUAAGCCCUACAGAUAUAAGCAUCGCUAGCCCACCACCUGAAUUAAGCACAAUAAAAGCAACAUCUGCUCCUGAUGGCAGCUCUUCAGCAACACAUUUCUUCCCCAUGGGAGUAAGCCCUACAGAUAUAAGCAUCGCUAGCCCACCACCUGAAUUAAGCACAAUAAAAGCAACAUCUGCUCCUGAUGGCAGCUCUUCAGAAACACAUUUCAUCCCCACUGGAGUGAGACCUACAGAUAUAAGCAUCGCUAGCCCACCACCUGAAUUAAGCACAAUGAAAGCAAUAUCUGCUCCUGAUGGCAGCUCUUCAGCAACACAUUUCAUCCCCACUGGAGUAAGCCCUACAGAUAUAAGCAUUGCUAGCCCACCACCUGAAUUAAGCACAAUAAAAGCAACAUCUGCUCCUGAUGGCAGCCCUUCAGCAACACAUUUCAUGACCACUGGAGUAAGCCCUACAGAUAUAAGCAUCGCUAGCCCACCACCUGAAUUAACCACAAUGAAAGCAAUAUCUGCUCCUGAUGGCAGCUCUUCAGCAACACAUUUUAUUCCCACUGGAGUGAGACCUACAGAUAUAAGCAUCGCUAGCCCACCACCUGAAUUAAGCACAAUGAAAGCAAUAUCUGCUCCUGAUGGCAGCUCUUCAGCAACACAUUUUAUUCCCACUGGAGUAAGCCCUACAGAUAUAAGCAUCGCUAGCCCACCACCUGAAUUAAGCACAAUGAAAGCGAUAUCUGCUCCUGAUGGCAGCUCUUCAGCAACACAUUUCAUCCCCACUGGAGUAAGCCCUACAGAUAUAAGCAUCGCUAGCCCACCACCUGAAUUAAGCACAAUAAAAGCAACAUCUGCUCCUGAUGGCAGCUCUUCAGCAACACAUUUCUUCCCCAUGGGAGUAAGCCCUACAGGUAUAAGCAGUGAUAGCCCAUCUAGUGAAGGAAGUACAAAUGCAGUAAUAUCAGUUCCUCAUUACAGCUCUACAUUAACUGGAAUAAACUCUAUCAGGGUGAGUAUUGCUAGUCCAUCACCUGAAUUAGGAACAACAAAUUAUGUUUCUCCAAUCGAAUCAAGAUCUACUCCAGCAAAUAUCAUAACAGAAAAAAUAUCAAGUGCCAGUGCAUUACCUGACCAUAUCACAGGUCUAAGCAGCACAAAUGUUUUAGCUAAUAUAACCACAACUGGAGGACAAAACACUUCCUGGAUGAUCUCGAGUCCUUUUCCAAAUCAAAGCACAGCUAAUAACAUCUCUCCAGCUGACAUAAGCUCUAGGGCAACACCAGGUGUAUACACAACUUUAGUAACAUCAGCUCCCAUUAGUUCAAAUGUGGCAUCAUCUUUAGGUGCUGUGUCAAGCUCAAGUAAACAGCCUAAUUUCAGUACAGCAAAUGACAUAUCUACUUCUCCUCAUAUUACCCCUGAAGUACAAUCUACUGAUGUGACAAUUUCUAAUAUAGCACCUAGACCUAGUUCAACCGUAACUACUACAAUCAACUCCGGGACAGCAUCUCGUAUCACCUCACAAAAUGGCAAUGUGCUCAGCACAACAACAACUAAUUUAACAGUUUCAGUUCAAUCUGUGAAACCUACUAGUGCUAGAAACACAGCACUAACAAUUGCUCAGCAGAGUACUACUAACAGAACAGCAAACUACACUUCACUUACUUCAUUCCUGCCUCCGGUAAUUUCUACAGUCAAUACUUUCACAAGCAUAGCACCAUCUUCAAAUACUGUUAAUUUGACAACUGCAUUCAGUAAUACAAAUGUAAAUGGAUGUCUUUCCAAUCCAUGUGAAAAUGGUGGUACAUGUACAAAUACCUUGGGUAGUUACACCUGCACCUGCCAGCCUGGGUAUAGUGGUUUAAACUGUAGUCAAGAAAUAAAUCAAUGUCUAAGUAACCCUUGCCAAAAUGGAGCUGUCUGCAAUGCUUUGCCCAAUGCUUUUAAUUGUACUUGUAAGCCUGGUUACAUGGGAAGAUUCUGCGAAAUUGAAAUUGAUGAAUGCAUCAGUAACCCAUGCAAAAAUGGUGGAAUUUGCACUGACAUAAUUAAUGGUUUCAGUUGUUAUUGUCCAGGGAAUUGGCAGGGAACGACCUGUAAUACUGAUGUGGAUGAGUGCGCUCAGCAGCUUGAUAAGUGCAGUGUAAACGCCAACUGUACAAACACUCCAGGAUCGUAUACAUGUACAUGUAGAGCUGGAUACAGAGGUGAUGGAUUAACCUGCAGAGAGAUUCGCCUGUUUAACUACAGUGGGGAUAUUAGAAUAACCCAACGGUUAAAAGACUAUACGUCUCCAUUAAUCAAUGUUCCCAUACGCUUUCCCUUUGGAUCCUCGUUCUACAGCAGUUUAUAUUUCACAGAUGAUGGGGUUAUAAUGUUCCAGCGUAAUUUCUAUGACCCCAUGUACACAUUCAACUAUCCUAUUAGUUUUAGUCCAUAUAAUGCAUACUUACCACCAAUGAUUGCUGCUUUUUGGGCAGAUGCUGAUAUGAGACAAUUGGGAGAAUUAUAUUAUCAGACGUAUGACUUCCAAAUGUCACCAACUUCAGAUAUUCAGUUUAAAACACAACUUGAAAAUGAGAUCUACAGCUAUUUCACUCUGAAUAUUACAGCCCUCUGGGCAAUCAAAAUCACGUGGGAGCAGGUUCUGCCUUUUCCAUAUUAUUACUUUAAAUCGAGCGAAUCAAAUACAUAUCAGGCUGUGUUAGUCACCAAUGGGGUAUAUUCCUUCUGCCUUAUGAGCUAUGAUGAUGGAGGAAUGAACUGGAGAUAUGAUGAACUACCUACAACUUACCUUCCCAAAAUGGGAUACUUCAGCAAUACUGCAACAUUUAAUGACCCUCAGACAAUAUAUUCAGGUGAUCUACAGAACAUUUACACUCCUGAUCAAUACAAAGGAUUGAACACAAAUAGAACUGGUUACUGGGCGUAUAGACUUGAUAAGAAUACAGCAAACACCAAAAACUCCUGGCAGCAGUGUCUGAGCUGGUAUUACAAUGAGCCAUAUCCAUACUGGUCUUACUAUACCCCUCCCUGUCCCUGCUCUUGGUUGCAGGCCACCUUUGAUUCAUCAUAUACGUCGUCCUCUAAUCUGCAGUCAUAUAGGUUUCCAAGGAAAAGCUCAGGUCAUUCUCUUAUAAUGUUUUUGUUGUAG